AGUUCAUCUUCUCGGAGCUGCUGUCCAACCUGUACUCGCGUGGGAACGAGAAGACACUCGUGGAGUAGUUGGCAGAGCAGGCAGUCCAAGGAGUUCAUCUUCUCAGCGCUGCUCUCCAACCUGUACUCACGUGGGAAUGAGCAGACACUCCUGGAGGAGUCGGCAGAGCAGGGAGACCAAGGAAUUCAUCUUCUCAGAGCUGCUGUCCAACCUGUGCUCGCGUGGGAAUGAGAAGACACUCCUGGAGGAGUCGGCAGAGCAGGCACAGUGGCGCGACGAGAUGCUGCUUCUCAGAGCUGCUGUCCAACUUGUACUCGCGUGGGAACGAGAAGACACUCUUGGAGGAGUUGGCAGAGCAGGCAGACCAAGGAGUGCAUCUUCUCAGAGCUGCUGUCCAAUCUGUACUCGCGUGGGAAUGAGAAGACUCUCCUGGAGGAUUCGGCAGAGCAGGCAGACCAAGGAGUUCAUCUUCUCGGAGCUACUGUCCAACAUGUACUCGCAUGGGAAUGAGAAGACACUCCUGGAGGAGUCGGCAGAGCAGGCAGACCAAGGAAUUCAUCUUCUCGCAGCUGCUGUCCCACCUGCACUGGCGUGGGAACCAGAAGACACUCGUGGGGGAGUCGACAGAGCAGGCAGACCAAGGAGUUCAUCUUCUCAGAGCUGCUGUCCAACCUGUACUCGCGUGGGACGGAGCAGACACUCCUGGAGGAGUCGGCAAAGCAGGCAGACCAAGGAAUUCAUCUUCUCGGAGCUGCUGUCCCACCUGCACUCGCGUGGGAACCAGAAGACACUCGUGGAGGAGUCGGCAGAGCAGGCAGACCAAGGAGUUCAUCUUCUCAUCGCUGCUGUCCAACCUGUACUCCCGUGGGAACGAGCAGACCCUCCUGGAGGAGUCGGCAGAGCAGGCAGACCAAGGAAUUCAUCUUCUCGGAGCUGGUGUCCAACCUGUACUCGCGUGGGAAUGAGUACACCCUCUGCAGGAGUCGGCAGAGCAGGCACACCAAGGAGUUCAUCUUGUCGGAGCUGCUGUCGAACCUGUACUCGCGUGGGAACGAGAAGACACUCCAGGAGGAGUCGACAGAGUAGGCAGACCAAGGAGUUCAUCUUCUCGGAGCUGCUGUCCAACCUGUACUCGCGUGGGAAUGAGAAGACACUCCUGGAGGAGUCGACAGAGCAGGCCGACCAAGGAGUUCAUCUUCUCGGAGCUGCUGUCCAACCUGUACUCGCGUGGGAACGAGUAGUCACUCCUUGAGGAGUCGACAGAGCAGGCCGACCAAGGAGUUCAUCUUGUCAGAGCUGCUGUCCAACCUGUACUCGCGUGGAAA